GUUUUGGUUAGCUUUAAAAUUUUGUUUAUAAAUAAACGAAAAUGUUUUAUUUAGUUUACGAUUAAAGUUUAUAUUUUGUCAGAAGCUACUACAUCCAUCAUAAUGGUACCAGUAGCAAUCGAAGGUUGCACCCAGGGUGCUGAAGGCGGUGGGGCCCGCGGAGGUUCUAUUUCGCUGGCUCUUCUGAUUGAUUUUAUCGUACAAAGAACUUACGAUGAGCUCACAGUGUUGGCUGAAUUGUUGCCACGAAAAACCGACAUAGAACGUAAAAUAGAGAUUUAUAAAUUCAGUGCUCGUACAAGACAAUUGUUUGUACGGCUUCUUGCUCUAGUAAAAUGGGCAAGCAGUGCAACUAAAGUUGAUCGGUCAGCACAUAUUAUGGCAUUUUUAGACAAACAAGCACUAUUGUUUGUUGAGACUGCUGAUGUAUUAGCACGGGUGGCUCGUGAAACUCUAGUACAUGCUAGGCUUCCUACAUUUCAUAUGGCAGCAGCAGUAGAAGUUCUUACAUUAGGCACAUACAGCCGACUUCCAGCUGUAAUACGUGAGAGACUGGUGCCACCACCAUCUUUAACUCCUGCUGAAAGACGCUCCACAUUGCGUGCUUUAGCUCAUGUUGUCCGUCAACGUCUUACUACAGCCUCAUUACCAACUGAUGUUAGAAAUUUAAAGGUAGAAAAUGGUAGAGCAACAUUUUCUGUUGGUCAAGAGUUUAGUGUCUCCCUUACAGUAAUGGGUGAUGCACCUAACUUGCCUUGGCGCUUACUGGAUAUUGCUAUUUUAAUUCAAGAUUAUGAAACUGGAGAGGGUAAACCAUUGGUUCACACAUCGCAACUAGCUUGGUUGCGUGGGGUGGCACAGGCACGACUCGCUGCAGCUGGUUUGAGCGGCGCUCUCACUGCAUUGCGAUACUUCUGCCGCUCUCUGUCCCUGGAAUUACUCUAUACACAGACGUUGCGACUUUGUCGUGACCGCCUGGCAAAACAUUUACAAGUUGACAAGUAUAUACCCGGCCAGAAGCUACAAGUGUCAUAUUGGAGGGAGCUGGGUUGUGAGCUGGGGUAUCGUGUGAUAAUCGGUGCGGAGGGGGAGUCGUUGUGCGUGUGGCACGUGCCGGCGCUGGCGGGCGGCGAGCGCGUGGCGGCCGCGCUGACGCCUCACGCGCCCUCUAUGGAGCGCCUGCUCGCACACACCGUACAUGUGCGCUCGCGACAGCGCCUCAACGACCUCAAAGUACUGCUUAAUGAUUUAGGGGUGGAGUGCACAGUGAGCGGGUGGCCGUGCGUGCUGGCGUGCAGCGUGGUGUGGCCGUGCCUGCGCGCGGAGCAGCUGCUGGUGUCAGUGGGCGCGCACGGCGGGCGGCUGCGCGCGCGCGUGCCUGCCUACCCCGCCACGCCGCGCAUGCCCGACCUCGCCGCCGCGCUCGCCGCCGCCAACUUACCCCUCGUUAAAUUAUUGCUAACACAACUUAGGUUUUGGCUAGUGGCCCGUCGAUGUGAGAAAACGUUGCAACACUUGCCAGCCAGCGUUUGCGAACAUCUGCCGUUCCUUCACGGACCGGACCAUCCCUUGAACAAGCUGUCCACUGAUCGCCUCUACGUCACUUUACAUCGGCACACUGAUUAUCUAUUGAUAGUGGAAAUGAAGGAGGUGGCGGCGGGCAGCACGGCCACGACCAGCAACUGCACCAACAGUGGCAGCGCCUGCUCCGUGGCGCUCGUCUUCCACCUCGCGGGCGUGCGACGCUGCACGCCGGACGAGUGCGAGGAUGAAAGUGGUGCGACGAGUAGCGCCAAUGCGUCGCUCGCCUCGCGCGCCUUCCUCAAGCUGCACUCCGUGGUGGAGCUCGACACGUUCACUCUCACGCACGGACCAUUCACACCACUUGAUACUCCCGGCAUGCAGGCGGGCAAGCGCAAGCUGGCGGGGGGCAACUGCCGCGCGGUGCGCGUGCGCCAGCCUGCGUACUUCCUGCCCGAGCUGGCGCACGUCGUGGCCGCCGCAGACGAGCGCGUGCCAUUCGUCAACCUCGCACAAGAGCUGGCGAGCCGCGGCGUGACGCACGGCGGCGUGAUGCCGGAGUGGAGCGGCUCC